CAAGAUGCAAGCAAACGUAGAAAUAUUGUACGCAGCGAUAGCGGUGACGCCCCCUGCGUCUCUUGGUUCUUUCCGCCACCAAAGUACAGACUGCCACCAUGGAGGCUGAAGAGCGGCAAUACGAACCUCACGCUGACGAGGAGUCGCACCUCCUCGACCACUCGCAAAAGCAUAGGCACAAGUCGCCGGCGCACUUGAAAAGGCAGUUGGCGAUCAUCAUGCUUCUGCAGAUCUGCUCUCCUAUAACGAGCCAGUCUAUCUAUCCGUAUAUCAAUCAGCUUAUAAGAGAGAUCGGUAUAACGGGAGGGGACGACAGAAAAGUUGGUUAUUAUGCCGGAUUAAUAGAAUCCCUGUUCUUCGUAACGGAAGCCCUUACCGUGCUUCAAUGGAGUCGUAUCUCCGACUACAUUGGCCGUAAGCCCGUUCUGUUGCUUGGAAUGUCCGGCACGAUCAUCUCCAUGCUCUGUUUUGGUCUCUCAAGGACGUUUUGGGAGCUGGUAGUCAGUCGCUGUUUCUGCGGUUUCUUGAAUGGCAACAUCGGUGUCAUGAAGAGUAUUAUGGGUGACUUGACCGACGCGUCCAAUCGCGCGGAGGUAUACGCCUAUAUACCCGUCGUCUGGGGCCUCGGGGCUACGCUAGGUCCCUUCCUCGGUGGCUGGCUUGCGCGCCCGCACGAUCGCUGGCCGCGCGCCUUUUCCGCCCAAUUCUGGCAAGACUACCCCUACUUCUUCCCCUGCCUCGUCACCGCCAGCUACGUUGUUUUCGCCUUCCUCAUCACCGCGUUCUUCUUCCGCGAGACCCUCCCCACCCGCCACUCCCUCCUCGCCCGCCUCAAAAAGCAUAAGAAGUCCAAGUCACGCUCCUCCUCCUACGGUAGCACCGACUCCCCGGCCCCUGACCCCAAAGACGAUCCGCCCGCUUUGCGCGAGCUGCUCACCUUCCCCGUCGUCAUCUCCAUCGCCAACUACGUUGCCCUCGCCUUCAUCGAGAACAUGGAGCUCUCGCUUAUUCCGCUUUUUCUCGCCAUGCCCCUCGAGAUCGGCGGCCUCGGCCUUUCGCCGGCGCAGAUUGGGUACGUCCUGGGCUCGUACGGCGUGGCGACGAGCGCGUUCCAGGCGCUCUUGUUUGCAAGGAUUACGAGAAAGUUGGGCGCGAGGACGGUGUUUGUGAUUGGGAUGGCGUCGUUCAUUCCGAUGACGCUGGGUUUCCCGAUUAUGAGCGUGAUGGCGAGGGCGUGGGGUGGGGUGACGAUGGGCGUGUGGUUCAUGGUGGGGAUGUUGGUCCUCAUGUUGUGUGUGAUGGAUCUGGCGUACGGAACGAUCUUCAUGUUCGUCACCGCGUCCGUGCCUAAUCAAAAUGCGUUGGGCGCUACGAAUGGUGUUGCCCAAACCUUCGUCUCCAUCUCGCGCGCCGUCGGCCCCGCGAUGGUCACCUCCAUGUACUCCUACUCCCUCGAGCACAACAUCCUCGGUGGCAACGCCGUCUACGUCGUCCUCCUUAUCAUGUGUGUCGCGUCCAUCCGCCUCGCGUUCUACCUCCCGCCAAAUAAUUGGGACGAGAUGCCGGAGGAGAGCAACGAGACGAGCGCCCUUGUGGAGGACACGCGCGCGAUAGCCCCAGACAGGAUAGUCGGCGCUCUUGAGGGAGACAGGGCAGAGGACGUCGCCCACAGGACAGAGUAAAUCGCGUAUAAGUGCGAUGAGUAGAAGGGCAAUGACGAUGGACUGUAAAGUUAAUGUAGGUUACGGCCAUUAAUGACGCUGACGCUUUAGAUGUUAGCUUGUAGAUGCGCAAUACUAGCAAAGCUUUCGAAUGGA